UGAAUUCUCUCUCUCUCUCACUCUCGCUCUCUUUCAUACACACACACACACACACACAUACUCUCUCUCCUGUUGUUUUGAAACAGGUUUAUGGUAAUGAGAAGCCCACAAGGCGCUGGAGUUGCUAGCCGGAGCCAUUUUAAUCAUUUACGCGAACUCAGCGAGGUGACAACGUCUCUGGGACUGGCUGUGAGAAGCUGUGGAGAGGGGAGUGCGGUUACCUUAUCUUUCCGAUUGGAUUACCUAGCCUACCGUUUGCUGGAAUUAUGGAAAUGCCGCAACAAAAGAAACUGACUCGACUGAAAGUUUGAAGGACGGCUUUUGCAUAUUAUAGUGAGACAAGGUGAAUAAUAUCAACGAGAAAUGCCCGUCAUUAAGUGGGAUUUGCUGUUUGUUAUCACCGGGUGGUUAAAACUUGCCUCUUUGUCGGAUUGCUACAGCGUGCACCUCAGUGCGGAUGCGGAACCGGGGACUGUUAUUGCUAACCUGGGGCAGAGCGGUACUUGUACCCUGGACCAGGUAAUCGCCCCCAAAUUCACCAAGGCAUUUGUUGAGACGGAUGCUGCGGCUGGGGUUGUGUUCAUUUCGGGGGUAUUGGAUUGCGCUGCCCUUCCUUCUAACCCCUUCACGGUGUACAUCGCCGCGGACUGCAAAACAAAUGUGACCGGCUUCAGCCACCUUCUCACUAGCCGGUACGAUGUGCAUGUGCACGGCAGGAACUGUUUCAAUAAGCACAAAAGGAAAACGAAAUUAGACGUCGAUGUAAUCAGUUUGCUACAAGUUCGCAGUCACCAGUCUGCCUGUUACAACGCUGAUGCUCCGCUUUUCCGUGUGAGGGAUAUAUUGCCUGGCUCACCGACCGGUAGCGAACUGCACUGCAGCGUGAAUGGAGAUUCACUAUUCUACUUUUCGGCGGGAGGAUUAUUUGUUUCCGAGCGGCUCUGUUUGAAGCACAGCACGCUGUUGGAACUGGAUCUCCACUGUAACAGGUGUGUAAACGGGGAGCUAUGUCAGGGUGCUGGGCAACAGAGGGAUUUGGGGGCGAAGGGCAUCUCCGUGCAUUUGCGUAUAGGUGUGGGCUCCUUCAAGCAGGAGCGCUUAGAGGAGCUGCUGCAGGUGGCUGCGCAGUCAGAGGUAGGGAUUGUGAGCAGGAGGAAGAGAAACGUCAACACGAGCCCCCAGUUCCAGCCUCCAAUGUACCAGGUGUCCGUGCCAGAGAACAAGCCAGCGGGGACGCCAGUCGUCCUUUUGAAAGCAGUGGAUGCUGAUGAAGGUGAGGCUGGCAGGCUGGAGUAUGUUAUUGAGGCUCUCUUUGACAGUCGCUCAAAUAGUCUGUUUGCUGUGGACCCGGCCAGUGGCGCGGUCACCACUGUGGAGGUACUGGACCGCGAAACUAAGGACACCCACGUGUUCCGGGUAACGGCGGUGGACCACGGCACGCCCCGCCGUACUGCGAUGGCCACGCUCACCAUCACUGUGAGCGACACCAACGACCACGACCCAGUUUUCGAACAGCAGGACUACAAGGAGAGCGUGCGGGAGAACCUCGAGAUCGGGUACGAAGUGCUCACCGUUCGAGCCACGGACGGGGAUGCCCCGAUCAACGGAAAUAUCAUCUACCACGUGCUCAACAGCAAUGGCUCCAACGACGUGUUCGAAAUUGACGCCAGGUCCGGGGUAAUCCGCACCAGGGGCCCUGUGGACCGUGAGAUGGUGGAGGCCUACAUGCUUCUUGUGGAGGCUAACGACCAAGGCCGGGACCCGGGCCCACGCAGUUCCACAGCGACGGUCUAUAUUUCGGUGGAGGACGACAAUGACAACGUCCCUCAGUUCAGCGAGAAGCGAUACAUUGUGCAGGUGCCCGAGGACCUGCCGCCCAACUCUGAGAUCCUCCAGGUGACCGCCACUGACCAGGAUCGCGGCAGCAACGCCGUGGUGCACUUCAGCAUCAUGAGCGGUAACACCAGGGGCCAGUUCUACAUUGACGCGCAGACCGGCAAGAUGGACCUGGUCAGCCAUUUAGACUACGAGGUGAACAAAGAGUACACGCUGCGGAUCAGGGCGCAGGACGGCGGCCGCCCGCCCCUCUCCAACAUCAGCGGCCUCGUGACGGUGCAGGUUCUGGACGUUAACGACAACGCCCCCAUUUUCGUCAGCACCCCCUUCCAGGCCACGGUGCUGGAGAACGUGCCGGUGGGCUACUCCAUCAUCCACAUCCAGGCCAUCGACGCGGACUCGGGCGACAACUCGCGGCUGGAGUACCGGCUCAUCGAGACCACGCCCAACUUCCCCUUCGCCGUCAACAACAGCACCGGGUGGAUCAUGGUGGCGGAAGAGCUCGACCGGGAGACCGUGGACUUCUACAACUUUGGCGUCGAGGCUCGCGACCACGGUUACCCUCAGAUGUCCUCCUCCGCCAGCGUCAGCAUGACCAUCCUGGACGUGAACGACAACAACCCGCAGUUCACCCAGAAGUCCUACAACACGCGCCUGAACGAAGACGCCACCGUGGGCACCAGCGUGAUGACCGUGUCCGCGGUGGACCGGGACAUUAACAGCGUGGUGACGUACCAGAUCGCCAGCGGGAACACGCGCAACCGCUUCUCCAUCACCAGCCAGAGCGGCGGCGGGCUCAUCACCCUGGCGCUGCCGCUCGACUACAAGCUGGAGCGGCAGUACGUGCUCAGCAUCACGGCCUCCGACGGCACGCGCUUCGACACGGCCAAGGUGUUCGUCAACGUCACCGACACCAACACCCACCGCCCCGUCUUCCAGAGCUCCCACUACACGGUCAACAUCAACGAGGACCGGCCCGUGGGAACCACGGUCGUGGUCAUCAGCGCCACCGACGAGGACACGGGGGAGAACGCCCGUAUCUCCUACUUCAUGGAGGACAGCAUCCCCCAGUUCAGCAUUGACCUGGACACCGGUGCGGUCACCACCAAGAUGGAGCUCGACUACGAGGACCAGGUCUCCUACACACUGGCCAUCACGGCUAGGGACAACGGCAUCCCUCAAAAGUCCGACACCACGUACCUGGAGAUUUUGGUGAACGACGUGAACGACAACUCCCCGCAGUUCCUGCGGGACCAGUACGCGGGCUCCGUGAUGGAGGACGUGCCGGUCUUCACCAGCGUGGUGCAGGUCUCCGCCACCGACCGCGACUCCGGCCUGAACGGGCGCGUCUUCUACACCUUCCAGGGGGGAGAGGACGGCGACGGCGACUUCAUCAUCGAGUCCACCUCCGGGAUCGUGCGCACCCUGCGCCGCUUGGACCGUGAAAACGUGCCGCUCUACAACCUGCGGGCCUUCGCCGUGGACAAGGGCGUCCCUCCGCUCAAGACGUCCGUGGACAUCCAGGUGGCGGUCCUGGACGUCAACGACAACCCCCCCGUGUUCGAGAAAGACGAGUUCGACAUCUUCGUGGAGGAGAACAGCCCCAUCGGCCUGGUGGUGGCUCACGUCACCGCCUCUGACCCGGACGAGGGGAGCAACGCGCAGAUCAUGUACCAGAUCGUGGAGGGCAACAUCCCCGAGGUCUUCCAGCUGGACAUCUUCUCCGGGGAGCUGACGGCCCUGACGGACCUGGACUACGAGGCGCGGUCGGAGUACGUCAUCGUGGUGCAGGCCACCUCGGCCCCUUUAGUCAGCCGGGCCACCGUGCACAUCAGGCUGAUCGACCAGAACGACAACCUCCCCGUGCUGAAGAACUUCCAGAUCAUCUUCAACAACUACGUCACCAACAAGUCCAGCAGCUUCCCCAUGGGCGUGAUCGGCCGCAUUCCCGCCCACGACCCGGACGUGUCCGACAAGCUGCACUACAGCUUCGAGGCCGGCAACGAGCUGAACCUGGUCAUGCUGAACCAGAGCACGGGCGAGAUCCGGCUGAGCAAGGCCCUGGACAACAAUCGUCCUUUGGAGGCCACCAUGAGGAUCUCUGUGUCCGAUGGAAUCCACACGGUGGCGGCGCAGUGCCUCCUGCAGGUCACCAUCGUCACGGACGAGAUGCUGUCCAACAGCAUCACGCUGCGUCUGGCCGACACGUCGCAGGAGCGCUUCCUGUCCCUCCUGCUGUCGCAGUUCCUGGAGGGCGUGGCCCGCGUGCUGUCGGCCGCCCGCGAGGACGUCGUCAUCUUCAACGUCCAGGACGACACGGACGUGAGCGCUGCCGCCGGCAUCCUCAACGUCAGCCUGUCGGUGGCGGGUGGCGGCGGCGGCGGCGGGCGGGGGGGCGGGCGGGGCGGGGCGUCCUACUUCGGCUCGGAGGAGCUGCAGGAGCGGCUCUACCUCAACCGCAGCCUGCUGGCGCGCUUCUCCGCGCAGCGCGUGCUGCCCUUCGACGACAACAUCUGCCUGCGCGAGCCCUGCGAGAACUACAUGAAGUGCGUCUCCGUGCUCAAGUUCGACAGCCUGGCGCCCUUCGUCGCCUCCGACACCAUCCUCUUCCGGCCCAUCCACCCCAUCAACGGCCUGCGCUGCCGCUGCCCCGCCGGCUUCACCGGCGACUUCUGCGAGACGGAGAUCGACCUGUGCUACUCCAAGCCCUGCGGCGCCCACGGCGUCUGCCGCAGCCGCGAGGGGGGGUACACCUGCGAGUGCUUCGAGGACUACACCGGUGAGCGGUGUGAGCUCUCGUCCCGGUCCGGCCGCUGUUCCUCGGGGGUCUGCCGAAACGGGGGCACGUGCGUGAACCUGCUGGUGGGGGGGUUCCGGUGCGAGUGCCCGGCGGGGGCCUACGAGAAGCCGUACUGCCAGAUGAGCACCCGCGGCUUCCCCCCCCAGUCCUUCCUCACCUUCAGAGGGCUCCGCCAGCGGUUCCACUUCACCCUCGCGCUCACCUUCGCCACCAUGGAGCCCAACGGGCUGCUGCUCUACAACGGACGCUUCAACGAGAAGCACGACUUCAUCGCCGUGGAGAUCAUCAGCGAGCAGAUCCAGCUCACCUUCUCUGCAGGAGAGACGAAGACGACAGUGUCCCCUUUCGUCCUGGGAGGUGUGAGUGACGGCCAGUGGCAUGUGAUCCAGGUGCACUACUACAACAAGCCUGUCCUGAAUCAGGCCGGACUUCCCCAGGGUCCCUCUGACCAGAAGGUUGUCGUGGUGACCGUGGACGACUGUGACACAUCUGUGGCGCUGGAAUUCGGUCACGAAAUCGGAAACUAUUCCUGCUCUGCCCAGGGCAGCCAAUCAGGAUCCAAGAAGUCUCUGGACCUGACCGGCCCCCUGCUCUUGGGCGGGGUCCCCAGACUCCCGGAGGACUUUCCCGUGCAGACCCGCCAGUUUGUGGGCUGCAUGAAGAACCUGCAGAUCGACAACCGCCACAUCGACAUGGCCAGCCACAUCGCCAACAACGGCACCGUGCCAGGGUGCUCGUCAAAGAGGAACUUCUGCAGCGCCAACCCAUGUAUGAAUGGAGGAACCUGCGUGAAUCGCUGGGGCUCUUUCAGCUGUGACUGCCCCCUAGGUUUCGGAGGCCGGAACUGCGAGAAGGCGAUGUCCAGUCCGCAGCGUUUCCAGGGCAACAGCCUCGUACAGUGGACCAACCCGGCGGCGGUUGUCACGGUGCCCUGGCACGUGGAGAUGAUGUUCCGCACGAGGCAGCCCAGCUCGGUGCUGCUCCGAGUCACAGCCGGGCAGCAGCACAGCAUCACGCUGCAGCUGCGGAACGGCAGCGUGGUGAUGUCGCUGCAGCGGGCGGAGGACUCCACCGUGUCGCGGCUGGAGGCGGCGCGGGCCGACGACGGCGACUGGCACCACCUGCAGCUGGAGCUGCGCGGCGGCUGGGCGGGCGUGGCCGCGCGCCACCAGGCCAUCCUGUCCCUGGACUACGGCCUGCACAUGGCCAGUGUGGAGGUGGACAGUAAGCUGAAGGGACUGAAGCUCAGGACCGUGAGCGUUGGGGGCGUUUCAGGACGUGAUGGGAAAGUAAUGCAAGGAUUCCGUGGCUGUGUGCAGGGUGUGCACCUGGGGGAGACGGAGGCCAGCGCGGUGUCCCUGAGUCUGUCUCAGGCCAAGAAGCUGAACGUGGAGCGCGGCUGCAGCCUGUCUGACCCGUGCGACUUCAGCCCCUGUCCCGCCAACAGCUACUGCAGCAACGACUGGGACAGCUACUCCUGCACCUGCCACCCAGGUUACUAUGGCGAUGUCUGUACGGACGUGUGCUCGCUGAACCCUUGCCAGCACGAAUCGGUCUGCACGAGGACGCCAAGCUCCUCGCACGGCUACACCUGUGACUGUCCCGGCAACUACUUCGGCCAGUACUGCGAGAAAAGGAGCGACCAGCCGUGCCCCAGGGGCUGGUGGGGCCACAAAACCUGCGGGCCCUGCUCGUGCCAGACGGACAAGGGCUUCGACGCGGACUGCAACAAGACCACCGGGGAGUGUCACUGCAAGGAUAACCACUACCGGCCGGCGGGCAGCGAGGCCUGCCUGCUGUGUGACUGCUACCCGCUGGGCUCGCUCUCCCGGGCGUGCGAGCAGGAGUCGGGCCAGUGCCAGUGCAAGCCGGGGGUCAUCGGCCGGCAGUGCGACCGCUGCGACAACCCCUUCGCCGAGGUCACGCCCAGCGGCUGCGAAGUGAUCUAUGACAGCUGUCCUCAGGCGAAAGAGGACGCCAUCUGGUGGCCGAGGACUAAAUUUGGCCUUCCAGCCGCAGUGCCCUGCCCCAGGGGCUCCAUCGGCACGGCCAUCCGUCACUGUGACGAACACAAGGGAUGGCUGCCCCCCAACCUGUUCAACUGCACCUCCGUCUCCUUCGCUAAGCUCAAGACCAUUGCUGAAGAGCUGGCCCGGAACGCCUCGCGCCUGGACUCCGCGCGCGUGCGGCAGACGGCGGCCAUGUUGUCCAACGCCAGCCAGCACACGGCCUCCCUGUACGGCAGCGACGUGAAGGUGGCCUACCGCCUGACCCAGGGCCUGCUGCAGCACGAGAGCGGGCAGCACGGCUUCGGCCUGUCCGCCACGCAGGACGUCCACUUCACUGAGAAUCUGCUGCACGUGGGCAGUGCCAUCCUGGCGCCGGAGACGCGGGCGCACUGGGAGCUGAUCCAGCAGACGGAGGGGGGCACCGCCCAGCUGCUGCAGCAGUACGAGGAGUACGCCAGCACCCUGGCGCAGAACAUGAGGAAGACCUACCUCAGCCCCUUCACCAUCGUCACGCCCAACAUCGUCAUCUCGGUGGAUCGCCUGGACAAGAUGAACUUCGCGGGGGCCAAGCUCCCCCGCUACCAGGCCCUGAGAGGGGCCCGUCCCGCGGACCUGGAGACGGCCGUCACCCUGCCGGACUCCGUGUUCGAGUCCGCGCGGGAGGGCAAGGGUCCCAGGACCCAACCCCCGAUGCCCGCCCCUGCCCCUGCCCCGGCCCCGGCCCCCGCCCCGGACCCCGCCAGCCCCUCCCAGGCCCCCGGGAACCACACGGUGAACAGGAGGCGCCGGCACCCCGACCAGACAGACCGGGAGGCGGUGGCCAGCGUCAUCAUCUUCCACAGCCUGGCCCCCCUGCUGCCCGAGCGCUACGACCCCGACAAGAGGAGCCUGAGGGUGCCCAAGCGCCCGGUCAUCAACACGCCGGUGGUCAGCAUCGCGGUCCACGACAACGAGGAGCUGCUCCAGCACGCCCUGGAGAAGCCCAUCAUCGUCCAGUUCCGCCUGGUGCACUCCGAGGACCGCUCCAAGCCCAUCUGCGUCUUCUGGAACCACUCCAUCCCUCUCGGGGGCACCGGUGGAUGGUCAGCGAAGGGGUGCGAGGUGGUGUUCCGAAACCACACCCACAUCAGCUGCCAGUGCUAUCACAUGACCAGCUUCGCCGUUCUCAUGGACGUCUCUCGUAGAGAGAAUGGUGAGAUCUUGCCGGUCAAGCUGGUGACGUGGAGCACGGUUGGGGUGACCCUAGGCUUCCUCUUCCUCACCACGCUCUUCCUCGUUUGCCUCCGUGCCAUGCACUGCAACAAGACGAGCAUCAUUAACAACGGGUCCGCUGCCCUCUUCCUCGCCGAGCUCAUCUUCAUCCUCGGCAUUAACCAGGCCGACAAUCCGUUCUUGUGUACGGUCAUCGCCAUCCUCCUGCACUUCUUCUACCUGUGCACCUUCGCCUGGCUCUUCCUGGAGGGCCUCCACGUGUACCGCAUGCUGAGCGAGGUGCGCGACGUCAACUACGGGCCCAUGCGCUUCUACUACACCAUCGGCUGGGGCGUCCCGGCCUUCAUCACAGGGUUGGCGGUGGGGCUGGACCCAGAGGGUUAUGGGAACCCUGACUUCUGCUGGCUCUCCAUUUACGACACGCUGAUCUGGAGCUUCGCUGGCCCCAUAGCGCUGGUUGUAUCCAUGAACAUUUUCCUGUACAUAAUAACCUCCAAGGCCUCCUGCUCUCUGCGUCACCAUGGAUUUGAGAAGAAAGAAAGCCCCGUCUCAGGGCUCAGGACGGCCUGUGGAGUUCUCCUGCUGAUUACAGUGACGUGCCUGUUGGCUGUGCUGUCAGUGAACAGCGACUCGGUCAUCUUUCACUACAUGUUUGCUGGAUUUAACUGUCUUCAGGGCCCCUUCAUCUUCUUCUUCCGGAUCGUCUUCAACAAGGAGGCGAGGAACGCCAUGCGCUACUGCUGCAGCCGCAAGCGGCCCGACAACAUGAUGGGCUCCAAGCCCCUGACCUCGGCUUAUAACUGUAAUAGCAUCUACAUGGGUGGACGCCUGUACCAGCCGCCAUUUGGGGACUCCAGCGUCUCCCUCAACGGCACACUGCAGUCAGGGAAGAGUCAGCAGAGCUAUGUGCCCUUUGUCCUGAGGGAGGACGCUGGCCUGAACAACAGCCAGGCGCACCUCAGCCUGAACGACGGUCUCGGCUCCCUCUUCCACGAAACGAAGGAGCACGUGGGCGACCAGGACUCCGACUCCGACAGCGACCUGUCCCUGGAGGACGACCAGAGCGCCUCGUUCGCGUCCUCCCACUCCUCGGACAGCGAGGACGAGGAGGGACCCUACCCUCCCGAAGCAUGCUGGGAGAGUCUGGCGGCCCAGAUCGGCAAGCAGCCUCACCUCGCCCACAAAGACAAUACCCUGAGCAAGCUGCUAUGGCCGGGGGAGUUUGUGACCACGGCGAGCGACAGCGAGGGUCCCUGCGGAACCGAGAGGCUGAAGGUGGAGACGGUCGCCAACCCGGACCUGUGCCCGUCCCAGGACGGCCGAGACCUGCUGGAGCAGAGGCCCGACGCGACGGGGGAGGGGCACGCCAAGGAGAGCGCCCUGCUCUUCCUGUCCAGUCUUCCCAACCCCAGCGUGUAUCCCCAGAAAGGAAUCCUGAAGAAGAAGCCCCUGUCCCCCAUCGCGGAGAGAAACGGCGUCAAGCGCGUCCACAACGAGCUCUCGAUGAGCGCUGCCGGCCCCGCCUCCUCCCGGUGCUCCUCCUCCAGCGAGGGUUGCGGGGGCGGGGCCAAGACCGGCCUGCAGGAGCAGGCCAACGGGGUGACGCCGGUCUCCAUGGCUCCCAUCGCCUUGAGCAUCAAAGCGGGGACCGUGGAUGACGAUUCGUCAGGCUCGGAGAGCCGAAAGACGUCGACUUGAGGAGCGGAGCCUGGCCGACAGGGAAGCGCGUCGUUCCAGAUCCCUCCGCCCCCCCCCUCCGCCUCCCCCCCCCGCCACACCCACUUCCUGUCAGGAACCGGAAGAAGCUAACUGGACUCUUUUUUGCGAGGGAGGGCAGAACUUUCCCGCCUUCCUCCCUUCCUGGAUUUCCCCGUUCCUGCUUCUCUGUUCUUGUUCCUGAAGGACAUUGAAAAACCUCACACCGCCACUGCAUGCAGAUACACAGAGACUGCGAGUUUUCUCUAAUUUUAAAGUUCUGGUUUUUUUUUUUGGGUAAAAUUGAUUUUUGUUUACAUACUUGAAUGGAUGCACUUUUUUUCAAUGUACUGCGCCCGAAUGGACGUGCAGGGAGGACGGCUGAAAUUUUGUUUCAUUUUUUUUAAAUAAAAAGAUUUGUUCACUAAGAAAAAACAAAAAAAAAAAAACAACAAAAAAAAAACAAAAACACUGAACUGAACUGAUUGGCUGGAGUACUUAGCCUAAAAAUACUUAACAUUCAGGGAAUUUACUUCCUCUAGUGGUGCAGUUUUCCAUGAUAGAGAAUUGGCUUCAGUGUGAUUAAAUGAACUGUGGCAGACUGCUUUCUAAAACGAGAGAGGAGAUGCUGCUCUGGAGGGCCACAGUGGAGGACUGGGCCCCUAAUCGUUCUCUGUCCAAUUAACACCUCUCACAGGAGCAAAACUGCCAUUUAGGGACACGUCCCUCUUCCUGACCACACGCUGCCGUCUACUCAACACUAGUAACGGCAGAAGACAAGGGACUUUCUGUCUGAUGAAAAAGCCCUGCCUGUGUUUUUUCUAACAUAACGUGGAGGCACGGAUCGAAGGAUCGCACUGCGUUGGAAGGAUCGUCCGUCCCGCCCCAUUUCUGUCGGGACACGAUGGGAGAGCUUGGAGGGAUAUCGGCAUGAAAAUUCACUAUUGCCGUCCCCUCCCCCAUCAAACCCAAAUCCCUUGCCUGUUUGAUUUUGUGAUUUGGGGGUGGGAUAGGGUGGGGGAUGGAGGGGCGGGGGGCCACUUGUCAUUACUAAGCCCUCCAUAUACAGGACCCUGCCUUUUCCACGGUUCGGCCUUCCUUUAGUGAUGCCAGUGGUACAAGACAAAAUAAAUCUACUGAGUGCGACAACACUGCAUAGCAAGGAAGACUUUUGUAUAUUUUUUGCCACAUCAAUUGCUGGGAGCUAAUUUUAUAUGAUUAAGAGGCUUCCCUUUUUUUGAAAAAUUUGUCAAAAGGAUUUGUUUUUAUUAUUUAAUCCUGUGAAGAAAACUCUUUGUAGUUUGUUUAUGUUGUACAGAUCUGGGGCUUUUUUUUUGUAAAAAGAAUAUUUGCUGUAUGACUUUUUAAAUGUAUGCUGCGAAACCCUUGCCUUGAGAAACAUCAGCAGGUCAAGUGUUCACGCAUUACUGUAAAAAAUUAUGCUAAUAUUGUAUCACUACUGCAAAUUUACAGAACAACACCUUUAAUACCUCUGCA